CUUUAUCUGUGACAUUCAUUCUGUAACUACAUCAAAAUGAAUAUACUGCUAUUAUGGAUGACCUACAUCGCUACAGUAAUAAAUGGCCAUCCAAAUAUAGAAUUAGAGCAUAAUCCUCCUACAACGACCCUUAGUCCUUUGACCAGUAUGGAUGGCGUCACAAUACCGCCGCCUAAAGACAGUCCAGACUACAGAGUAGAACAACAACUAUUACUCUCAAGAAGUCUCUAUUAUACAGAAGAACACAGGCCCUAUCGCAUUUCACCAGCACAUAAACAACUGUCACAAUGGUGGGGAAAGGAUCAGGCACAUUUGAUGGGAUGUUACUGUACCACAGUAUUCAAAAGGUUACGCUUGAUCGCUGGAUGUGCCGUUAUUACAACAAGACACGCUCUUACCACAGCCACCUCUACUGAGUUAAUAUUGAGAAAGCGUAGACACUUCAGAACAUUCGAGAACAUAUUAGGUGUCUGGUAUGAUCAUAAUGGUAAUUAUUAUAACAGUUCAUUGUAUGCUACUCCAGCACAAAUUCAUUAUCAUCCAUUGUAUACUUAUCCAAAAGAUGUGAAUCGUUCCCAUCCAUUUCCUAUAACGUAUGAUCUAUCAGUAUGGACAAUGACUUAUCGGUUCUAUGGAUCUUCUUGGCCAGGUGCUAAAGCUUAUAUUUGCAAUCGAGCUAGCUCACAUAAGUGGGAGUAUUCUCCACCAACUUUUCUAGAUAAUGAAAUGACUCAUGUAAUUGGAUUUCAAUUCAUACGUGCUUAUAAACGAAAACCCAUGCCUUGGUUUAAGUAUGUCGUACGUACUAGAAGGCAUAUCGUUCCUUGUCCUAAGGUCGAAUGGGGUUGGUUUCUGUGCGUACCAGGGUACUGGGCUCCGCUGGGAGUGGAGUCAGGAGCAGCUAUGCACCGUGUCGGCGAGGGUAAAACUUGGCGGUAUGACGGACUCCUUGGCUUAGGGGCUAUAUCGAUGCGACUUCGCUCAAUCGAAAUAGUACACUACUUUGGUGUAUUGGACCGUCACUCGGUACUAGAUUUCCUCUACGAUGCUUACAUGGGACAAGCGAAAUACGAAUGGUUGGACACUAGAUUCUACCAAGAUCCAAUUAAGAAAGAAGUUGCUCCUAAACCAGAGUACCACAUUCCGUGGAAUUAUCCAUGGGGAGAAGAAUCGUACUAUACUAUAUCACAUCAAUAG